AUGGGAGGACCGAGACGCUUUGAUGACACUCCCCCAAGGCCACAAAAUUCGCUAGGACAGAGCAGGACUGGAAUCCCAGUUUCCCAGUUUCCACUUUCAGUAGGGGAUCUGUACUGGACCUCAGCCGGUUCCGGCCACUCUGCUGGAGCCUGCUCAGCCCGCAUUACCCUGCAGCUAGCUAUGCCCGGCAGCUCAGAGUCUGCGGGCAGGGCAGGCGGCUUGAAGGGAGCCGGUCGUUCUCCCUCAACUUCCUUGGCGGAGGGGCGGGGACACCCUGCUCAGUCUCUGCGACCCAUAUGGUGGCGGUGGCGACAGCGGGCAGGUGUUUGCGUGGCGAUCUGGCGGGCCCCGGGGCUUAUGCUGAGAAGCCGCCCCUGCCUCACGCGAGCCGAACGAACAAAACGCUCAGGUCCGGUUUGUGCGAGGGGCUCGUCGCGGGGCCGGAGCGGAGGACCCGGGGCCUGGCGCAGUCGUCGUCGGAGAUGUCCGGUUGAUGAGCUUCUUCGAGUGCGGCGUCGCUCAGCGAUCCCGCUAGCCGCCGCUCUCACCUGCUCACUGCUGUGGCUGACACGUCGGCGACAGCGGCGGACGCCCCAGAGUUCAGGGAACCAGGUUGGCCCUGGAGGUGCUGGUGAACACAUGUGGGAAGAUUCUAUCUCCACGGCCACCCAGUUAGCCUACCAGGCCUCGGGAUCCAUUUUUGUCAAUCAAGUUAUACUGCAGCAAAGACCAGCUAUGCCUCUCCUGAAGCGCCCUCCACUGGCCAGACUAAGAACAACGCCUCGCGGCAAGUAUCAAGAAUUCAAGCCUGUCCAGCGGAAAUGCACCCUCCCAUUUCUAAAUGGAUGGGUCUCUUCCAACAGCUCUCACCUUCCACAUCUCUCAACAUACUUCUUUCCCUAGGCAGGGGGAAAUAAAAUCCAGAUAGAUUAGGGUGU